GAAGAAAAAAAGGGGAAGGACAGCUGGGCGAGACAUUUUUAGAUAUAAGAUAAGACAGGGAUAGACGAAACACGACACUGAGAACAACUGGCUGCAGAGACAAACCAACAGGAGGAAAGUGAAAUAACUAACUGGAGUUAAAUAAUCCGACUGAGCAUCCAAAACCAACAUGAUGAAGAGUUUUCUCCUACUCAUCCUCUCACUAAUGACAGCCUGUGGGGACGAUCAUGAAGUAAAGGGAUGCUCAGAAGGAUGGGUUGAAUUCAGCUGCAAAUAUGAUGUAAGAAAAGGAAAAAAUCAAAACAUCAGAGUAGAUACUCCCAGAGAUACAACCAUUCAAUGCAAGAAAAAUGAUAUGUGGGAACACCAAGGGAGAUAUUCCCUGUACCAUGACACAAAAAAUACAAAUCUCAGGGUGGUCAUCAAACAACUGGAAUCUAAAGACUUUGGGAAGUACAAAUGUAAAUUUCACAACGGAGACUCAUUAGAAAAAGUGAAAUUGAAAAAAGUAGAGACGCAUCACUGCCAGACACCAUUUACUCAAACUGUGUACACAACAGCUAAAACCAACUUCACAUGUGAUUACUCAAACAAUCACUCCAAAGGGAAACACUCCCGUAAAAAAAGGUCCAGUGAGGACAGGUCCAGACUCUAUUUUUUCUGCAAAGAUACACGUGGCAUCUGUGAGGACAUUUUAUCAACAGAAUCUCCUAAAAGGUCAAAUGGGAGUUUCACUCUCACAGAUAUCAGUGGGGGUUUCAACGUUUCCAUCAGUCAUGUGUCCUCACAGGAUGAAGGUGUCUACUGGUGUGGAGUGGAAGCAAAGAAUGGAGACCGUGCAGCACGCAAAAAAAUACAUCUGAAGGUUCAACAGCCUACAACUACUCCUCCACCAAAGCCCUCCAACCAACCAGUUACUGUAACUUCUACUGCUUCCACCUCUUCAACCCAGUCAACUACUGCUCAGACUACUGCCCAAAUUACUGUGUCUGCUAUGAGACAAGGUGGCUUGUGGAUACCUGGAUUUAUUAUUGCGGUCAUCUGUGUCGCUGUGUUGGUGCUUAUUUUUGUUCUCGUGUACAAACGAUAUAAAGUGUCAAAAAACACAAAUGUUGGAGCACAGAACAAGAAAGAGACAGAUUAUGGCUAUGCAGAGAUACAAGAGAACCUCCAGAAACCAAAAACAGUUUAUGUCACUGCCAACUUUCCCACAAACCAUUCUGCCUUUGCGCCUUACUCCGAAGUCCAGUUUCAAAAUGGCUCUGGUGAAGAUGGUGGUCACACGUAUUCUACCGUGAGUGACAGCGGCCAGCAUCCGACCUACUCCACUGUCAAUCACCCAUCCAGUGUCUGAAGCCCCUGUUUAUUCUACUGUCAACAAGCUGCAGUAGAACAAGUCCAGACAGUUUUCAGUUUGUUUAUUUCUAAGAGAGAGAAUAAAUGUACUGUGUUGGAAAGACAGUACUGCCCGCUCUGUAUCAUUGUGGUUUAAUAUGUUUUUAUGAAAAGAUUAUGUAUAAUUUUGAGGGAAACACCUUUUUUUACAGUUUGGGUUAACCUGAUAUAUUUUACAGAAACAGCUAAUCAGUUACCAAGAUGUUAUUGAAAAGACUGUAUUUAUGGUGAAAACAACAUAAAGUGUCUUAAAAAGGUAUUGGGGCCACCAGGAGCUGCCAGUGUUUGCUGAUGGUGGUGCAGAGCGCUGUCUAACAUGUCGCUCACAUAGGUCUUCAACUGGGUUGAUAUCUGGUCACUCAUUCUCAUUAAAACCAUUCAGUGAUCCCUCACUGUCAUGGGCACUGUCAUUUAGCUUCACUCAUUUUUAGAUUUUUCCUUUAAUCUGUCACCCCUCUGUAUAAAAAUUAUGCUACAUGUAUACAUUAUAAUAUAUGUACUAUCCUUUGUUUGUUUGGUUGGUUGGUUGUCUUUUUCCCUGUGUUUUGGGAAAGUGUUUAAAGUGUUCGUGGUGCUUAUAUGUGUUAUGUAAGGGGAACAAUAUCUACCUUUUUUUGGGAAUGGGUUGUUUUGUCUUUUGUCUUUACUAGAAUACUUAAUUUUUUUUCAUUUACAAUAUGUGUGACAUUAUUCAUUUUGCUUCAAGCUUUAAUCACAGGAUUCACAGCAACACCAGCUGAGAAAAAGAGGGGAAACGUUAUAUAAUUUGUGGUUUGCUGAAAAUACUGUGGAGACCACAGGAACCUAAUGAAAUCAAAACUAAAAGUCACAUCACAGGCU